AUGAAUAUUUAUUUUACGACCCGCGAAUUUAAUCUGAAGAAAUGCCAGGAUGACUUCAGCAAUAUGGUUUCCGGAAACAUAUCUUCCCAGAAUUCCGUGUCUUCCAGUGACGUGGACAAACUCAUGAAACAGAAGCGUCACCGAACACGCUUCACGCCCGGACAACUCAACGAGCUGGAGCACAGUUUCACCAAAACUCAUUACCCGGACAUUUUCAUGAGGGAGGAACUGGCACUGAGGAUUGGUCUCACCGAGUCACGUGUUCAGGUCUGGUUCCAGAACAGGCGGGCCAAGUGGAAGAAACGGAAGAAGGCAACCACCAUUUUCCGAAACCCUGGAGCUCUGCUUCCCUCAACCGGCAUCAACCCAUUCGCCAGUGUCGGAGACGCUUUCUACAGCUUUCCCUCACAUGACUCUCGCUGGCCCGGAAUGAUGCAUAUGAAUAACAACAUGAACCCCCUGGCUCUAACCGCUGCAUCAGCGGGCCACAGAACAAGCAUCCAGUCAACAAUGGCAACGCCCAUGACCAUGAAUUUGAGCACGCAACAUUCCUCAAUGAAUUUCGCAAACAGUAUAAGCAUAGGUGGCAACAGCCCAAAUUCUGGCUACAACACGGGGUAUUCCAUGGUAUCGCCUCCGUCGUGUGGUGUGUCAAACAACUCUCCAUCUCCGACAUUCUCGUCUCCAUCUCUUCAAUGUGGCCUUGCAGACAUGGAAGAAUCGUGGAGAGGUACUAGUAUAGCAGUGCUCAGGAGGAAAGCAAUUGAACACACAGUGAACAUAACCGGAUAUAGAUGA